UGGGCAUGUCACUCAUCGAAGCUAUCGUCGUCAUCCUGAAUUCCAAUUGCAAUCGAUAAAAUCGAAAUCUGCAGCAAACCUGAAGACAUAAUGGAUUCAUUACUCUCCUCCAUAUGAUUACAUCCUUAUCCUCAAUGGCUACUCCGUCGUAUUGCGACGCACUAACCGUUACUAACCCUUCUAAAACCCUAAUUUCAUUCCGCCCCUCCACCAACCUCACCCUCAAAUUCUUUCAUGCGUCCAAAGCCAGAGGAUUUUUGCAAUUUAACAAUGCUAGAUUCGGAAUUCGUUACAUUUCACCCAAAUUUUCCACCCAAACUCUGGUGGCCAGAGCCGAUGCCAACCUGAUUGGGGACGAGGAUCCUGUUGAUGUUAUCAAAGUACACGGUUCGUCGGAAACAGACGAUGGUUCAGAGGAACAGAAAAAAUCAAGCCAGUUGUCGAAAAGGGUUGUGUUUGGACUUGGAAUCGGUAUUACUGCUGGUGGAGUAGUACUAACUGGAGGGUGGGUAUUCUCUGUGGCUUUAGCUGCUGUCGUAUUUGCCGGUUCAAGAGAAUACUUUGAACUGGUUAGAAGCCGUGGAAUUUCCUCCGGAAUGACUCCCCCUCCUCGUUACGUAUCUCGAGUUUGCUCCGUUAUCUGUGCUCUUAUGCCGUUGUUCACUCUAUACAAAGGUCAGAUAGAUGUUUCUGUAGCGUCGGCAGCUUUUGUUGUUGCUAUGGCAUUACUAUUACAAAGAGGAAAUCCUCGUUUUUCUCAGCUCAGUAGUACAAUCUUUGGCCUGUUUUAUUGCGGAUAUCUUCCUUCUUUCUGGGUUAAGCUCAGAUGUUGUAUGCAAGCACCUGCGUUGAAUACUGGAGUGGGAGCUACAUGGCCUAUACUUUUAGGCGGGCAAGCUCAUUGGACGGUUGGUCUUGUAGCCACAUUGAUAUCUAUCAGCAGCAUUAUUGCAGCAGAUACCUUUGCUUUUGCUGGUGGAAAGGCUUUUGGUAGGAUACCGCUUACUAGCAUUAGCCCCAAGAAAACAUGGGAGGGAGCUAUUGCCGGCUUAUUAGGAUGCAUAGCGACUUCCGUGUUAUUAUCAAAGAUCUUUUCUUGGCCAACAUCUAUGCUCAGUGCAAUUGGUUUCGGUUUGCUGAACUUUUUCGCCUCCCUUUUUGGUGACCUUCUUGAAUCGAUGAUCAAGCGAGAUGCAGGCGUAAAAGAUUCCGGAUCCCUCAUACCCGGUCAUGGUGGAAUACUAGAUCGAACGGAUAGUUACAUUUUUACGGGUGCACUAGCUUACGCCUUCGUUAGCAAUUUACUUCCCCUUUAUGGAGUUUAAAAAUUAAAAUCCACCAAAUUUCUCAACUAUACACCAACACAUGAUGCUGCUAGAAAUGACCGCUGUCUGCUCGUGAAACGUAAGUAAAAAUAAACAUGUAUACUUUUAAAUUUAAAGUUUAGACAGAAAUUGUCAAUUAAAGAUUGCUUCCAUAUGAUGUUUUUGUUUUAUUAAUGCUUUUUUUUUCAAAUUAAUAAAUGUUAAUAGCUUAUAGA